GCCCGCCGACAAGGGCGGCUCCGCUACCUGCACCGCCCGGAGGCCCGCCGACAAGAGCGGCUCCGCGACCUGGUGCGCCAGCAUUGAUAGCCGACCCUAGCAAAGCCCCUGUAUCGGCGACAGCGGGGACAGUGCUCAGUGCUACUCAAGACCAUGAAACGGAAGUGCCAAGAGUCCAAUCGUCGCACAACGCGCCAGCGCCGUCAUUACCGUUAGUGCCGAUUGCCAAACCGGACAUCAAGACAGCAAUGUCGCAGCCCGCAUCGACAAACAUGCCACACUCGGUGUUGGCAGCAACGCAGACAAUCCCAACUGCCAACCAGGAUCCUCAAAUGAAAGUGCCGAGAAUCGAAUCGGCGCAUAACGCGCCAAUGUCGUUGGUGCCUUCAGCGCCCGAAAAUGCUCGAGACGAGCAACCAACGUCUAAACCGCCCAACGCGCCAACCCCGGGACCGCUCUUCGUGAUUGACACCCUGCAUGUGCUGAGCCGCAAGCCUGGCAUACGAGACCUGUUGAAGUGUACGCCGCUCUUGCGUAUGACGGAACGGACUCCGCAACCUCUCUCACAGACCUUUCCUAUUGGCCCGUUCAUUCCUCAGGCAUGGACGGAUGCGCUUCGGCAGAGCGACUUGCCCGGGCUCGUAGUUGACAGUUCGGGUGCAUUGCUGUCGGCACCACAGUGAAGUCGCCACCAGCCCGAUCUUUCAUAUGUCGACGAAGAUAGCGUUCGGUAUCGGAAUGAAACGGUCACUUGUCUUACUUUGCUAUGUUGAUUGUGUUCUUUUGAAUCAGACGGACUUGGAAGCGAUCGUCCACAUCGCUUCGUAGCGAAGUCCGUCAGUCUGAUCAUUCUAGCAGGACUGCCACGCACUUGCUCGUUUCGUCAUUUGCCGAAGUUCGCUGAAUCACAUACGAGGUAUGGCUGUACUCCAUGCACGAG